CAAAGCCCUGCACAUCCUACAAACUGGCUCCGGGACUACAGCAAAAUUCAACCUUCUAACUUGGGAUGCUCUGGCUUUCUCCUGAGGAAUAAGUAUCAUCUGACAGUUUGAGGAAGAAAAGAAGAGCCUAAGGAGUUAGCGAGCAGAAAGAGCAUUCUGAGAAAAUUCCGUAGCAAAAGCAACAAUGGCUGCUGCCCCCGCCAGACGCCCGCACUGCAGAGAACUGGUCGUCUUGUGUGCACUGCUAGGGAUGCUGUGGGAGGCCAGGGCCGGGCAAAUCCGCUAUUCCGUGCCAGAAGAGACAGAAAAGGGCUAUAUAGUGGGAAACAUCUCUAAGGACCUGGGACUGGAGCCCCGUGAGCUGGCAGAGCGCGGAGUCCGCAUCAUCUCCAAAGGUAAGACCCAGCUUUUCUCUCUGAGUCCGCGGAGCGGCAGCUUGGUCACCGCAGGCAGGAUAGACCGGGAGGAGCUGUGCGCUCAGAGCGCGACUUGUCUCCUAAACUUUAAAGUCCUAGUUGAGGACAGAGUGAAACUUUAUGGGGUGGAAGUAGAAGUGGUUGAUAUCAAUGACAAUGCGCCAAAAUUUGAGGCCGAAAAUUUGUUUGUAAAAAUCAGUGAAAUCGCUGCCCCCGGAGCAAGGUAUCCACUCCCAGAAGCGGUUGACCCAGAUGUGGGCAUAAACUCCCUCCAGAGUUACCAGCUCAGCCCCAAUCGCCACUUCUCUCUCCACCUGCAAACUGGAGACGACGGAACUAUAAACCCAGAGCUGGUGCUGGAGCGCACCCUGGACCGAGAGGAAGAACCCACUCACCACCUGGUCCUCACCGCCUACGAUGGCGGCAACCCACGCCGCUCCAGCACAGCGCUCAUCCAGGUCACAGUGUUGGAUACUAACGAUAAUGCCCCUGUUUUCGACCAACCGGUUUACCGCGUGAAAGUCCUUGAGAAUGUGGCCCCGGGCACCCUGCUGCUCACAGUGAGAGCUAGCGACCCGGAUGAGGGUGCCAAUGGGAAGGUGACAUACAAAUUCCGGAAAAUUAAUGAAAAGCAUUCGCUGUUGUUUCAUCUUCAUGAAAACACUGGGGAAAUGACAGUAGCGAAAAAUCUGGACUAUGAAGAAUGUUCGUUGUAUGAAAUGGAAAUACAGGCUGAAGAUGGUGGGGGACUGAAAGGGCGGACCAAAGUGGUAGUUAUGGUAGAAGAUGUAAAUGACAAUCGGCCGGAAGUGACCAUUACCUCUCUGUUUAGCCCAGUAAGGGAAGAUGCGCCCCCAGGGACAGUAAUCCUCCUUUUCAAUGCUCAUGACCAAGAUUCUGGGAAGAAUGGGCAAGUUGUCUGUUCCAUCCAGGAGAACCCAUCCUUUAAAUUAGAAAACUCAGUAGACGAUUACUAUAGGUUGUUGACAGCCCAGAUCCUUGAUCGAGAAAAGGCUUCUGAGUAUAACAUCACAGUGACAGCAACAGACAGGGGAACCCCAUCCAUGUCCACAGAAGUUCACAUCACCCUGUAUGUGGCUGACAUCAAUGACAAUCCUCCUGCCUUCUCUCAAACCUCCUACUCAGUCUAUCUCCCCGAAAACAACCCCAGAGGCACCUCCAUCUUCUCAGUUAGCGCCCAUGACCCUGACGACGAGGAGAAUGCUAAGGUUACUUACUCUUUGGUGGAAAACACCAUCCAGGGGGCACCACUCUCCUCCUACGUCUCCAUUAAUUCUGACACUGGCGUGCUCUAUGCUCUGCAAUCCUUUGACUAUGAGCAGUUUCAAAACCUUCAAAUGCAGGUGAAGGCGAGUGACAACGGGCACCCGCCACUCAGCAGCAAUGUGUCCCUGUCUGUGUUUCUAUUGGAUCAGAAUGACAAUGCUCCCAAGAUCCUGUAUCCCUCCCUCCCGACUGACGGUUCCACUGGUGUGGAACUGGCUCCCCGCUCAGCAGAGGCUGGGUAUCUGGUGACCAAGGUGGUGGCAGUGGACAAAGACUCUGGACAGAAUGCUUGGUUGUCUUACCGUCUGCUCAAAGCUAGUGAGCCAGGACUUUUCACAGUGGGGCUACGCUCAGGCGAAAUACGCACAGCUCGGGCCCUGCUAGAGAGAGAUGCACUCAAGCAAAGCCUCGUGGUAGCUGUGCAGGACCAUGGCCAGCCACCUCUUUCAGCUACCAUCACUCUCACAGUGGCUGUGGCAGACAGCAUCCCUGACAUCCUAGCUGACUUGGGCAGUAUCAACACUCCUGCAGACCCCGAUUCUGACAUUACUCUCUACCUGGUGGUAGCAGUUGCUGUGGUCUCCUGUGUCUUCCUACUCUUUGUGCUAGUGCUGCUGGCCCUUAGGCUACGGCGCUGGCAUGCUUCGCACCUGCUGCAGGAUGCAAUGGGCGGAUCCACUGGGGUACCAACAUCACAUAUUGUGGGUGUGCAUGGGGUUCAGACUUUCCUACAAACCUAUUCUCAAGAGUUUUCCCUCACACCUGACUCUGGGAAGAGCCACCUGAUCUUCCCCCAGCCCAACUACGCAGACACACUCAUCAGCCAGGAGAGCUGUGGGAAGAGUGAACCUCUGUGCAGUUCAGUUGAGCCCAAGUUUCCUAUUGAUGACACUCCUUUGGUUCCUCAAGCCCCGCCCAACACUGACUGGCGUUUCUCUCAAGCCCAGAGACCCGGCACGAGCGGAUCCCAAAAUGGUGAUGAAACUGGCACCUGGCCCAACAACCAGUUUGAUACAGAGAUGCUGCAAGCCAUGAUCUUGGCCUCUGCCAGCGAAGCUGCUGAUGGGAGCUCUACCCUGGGAGGGGGCGCUGGCACCAUGGGUCUGAGCGCUCGAUACGGACCCCAGUUUACCCUGCAGCACGUGCCUGACUACCGCCAGAACGUGUACAUCCCUGGCAGCAAUGCCACGCUGACCAAUGCCGCUGGCAAACGAGAUGGCAAGGCUCCAGCAGGUGGUAAUGGCAACAAGAAGAAAUCGGGCAAGAAAGAGAAGAAGUAAUAUGGAGGCCAGGCCUUGAACCACAAGGCAGCCUCCCUCCCCAGCCAGUCCAGCUCGUCCUUACUUGUACCCAGGCCUCAGAAUUUCAGGGCUCACCCCAGGAUACUGGUAGGAGCCAGGGCCAUGCUCCCCGUUGGGAAACAGAAACACGUGCCCAAGCCAACACCCCCUCUCUAUACCCUAGGGAGUUGAAUAUGCAAAGAGAGUUCUGCUGGGACCCCCCUAUUCAAUCAGUGAUUGUACCCACAUGGGUAGCAGGGUUUGUGUGUGUGGACAUACACACACACACACACACACACACACACAAACCAUGCCACACUCCCUUAGUUACAGCUGAACUCCUCCAUCUUCCAACCCAGGCAGGCUUAUCCAUCUCCUGCCGCCCUCUCCCCACCCCACCCACUCCUUCAGUCCCUCUCUUUGAGCAAGGUAGCUGGGCUGUUGGGGUGACCGGUGAGCUAAGCCGGCUCCUAGUUCUGAACGGUAGGGAGAGUAUUACAAUCUUUUGGCCUCUCCUUCAGUUCAGCUUUCCCCCAAAGCAUGGUUUGGUACCAGUCUUCUCUUUUCCUUCCAGAGCCUGAGACCAAUGCUUAAGUUUUGGGGGAACAGGCACCCUCCCUCUGGUACUGAUGAUGCUUGCUGGAUUUUGGGAAGGCAUUUUGCUACUAAGCCUCUUUUCAAUGCCUGGGGACAACUAGUCUUUUGUUUUUCAUUGUUUGAUGUUCCCACUGCAUGCUGUGACUUCCCUACACCUCAAAGAAGAGACUCCUUUGCAUGUCUGGAGACAGUAGGGGGUGGUAAACUAAAGGGAAGUUGAGAGUGUAUACUGCUGGGAGUGGGGCAGUGGACAAAACAGCCUGUUAAUAGGGUCUUGCAAGGGGCUCUGUAUGUACCCAGGGGACUGGCUCAAUCCUCACAUUCUAGCCAUAGACAAACACCAGGCCAGACCCCUCCAUUCUGGUUCAGCCUGGGCAGCUUGGGCUGAGCCACCAGGACCAAUGGAUUUAAGCUGACAUUUCAGUCCAAGACGACGACUUCUAAGUGAGUUUAAGACCAGAGAGGAAAGAGGGGCCUCUGUGGGUGCUGGGUACUCCAGAGGUGCCCUUGGUGGGAGGACCAGUGGUCUUAGCAGGAAGGGGGGCCCAGCAAGGUCAUUCUUGGACCCUGGGUCUAGUCCAGUAGCUAGAAAAAGGGACCAAGUGGCCAUAAAGUCCCAGCCAAUGAUGGGGCUUUUCCAGUGGGCCCCUGUAGACCUCAAGCCCCUGGCCUCCACCUUACCAGGUGCCAUUUCUUCUCAGAAGGCCACUGCCCAGGCCCCCAGGCCGCCCCCUUGUGGCCAGAGAACGGUUAAAGCCCCCCAGUGCCUCCUUGUGCAUAGAACUUCCUCUGCCCUAGCCCUUACAGUAGUGUAGAAGAUCCCCCUCCCCCGCUGGUGUAGAAUAGCCAAUAGUAUAGUGUGGUGUGCUUUUACGUGAUGGCGAGUGGGCAGCGGGCGGUGGGCUGUACACAGCCGUCUGUCCUUUGAAUCUCAAUCUGCCUGCGCGGCCCGUGCUGUGUUUUGUGCUGUGUCCACACGCUGCGGCGACCCCUCCCUGUACUGACUUCUCUAUAAAAAGCUUCUCUUCGCAUAGUCACGUAGCUCCUGCCCAUCCCCCUUCCGAUAUCUCUCGCAAGUUUUAUACUCUAAUAUUUAUAUGGCUUUUUUCUUCGAAAAUUAAAAAUAAAAAAAUGGUU